AAUAUUGAUGCGGCGCGCGUCGGCGUCGCCCUCCUCCCAUUGAGCGAGGCUGUGUCGCGUGGCCCGGCGUCGGCGUGACGGUUGGACGCGGGCGCGGCACUGCGGGUCCCGAUUGCUGCAGCCGCUUGUCAGUGUGAUGAAGAUUGGCACCCAGGUGCUGGGUGAUAGAGUGGGACGUGUCUUGUGGAGGACUCAGCUCAUCUCCAAGUGUACCCACUGUGCCCUGACGAUGACCAAGUGAUUCCAGCCCAGGCUCCUCUGCUCAGUUUCCGAGAAGGUGUCUGAGAGUCGUCUGCAGCCUGAGAUGUCCUGCCUGCUUUCCCUCCCAAGACACGGAGCUCUCCUUAGCUGUUUGCUCAUCUCAGGACCCACGCGGCUCUGUUCUUCCAGCUCCCCACCUUGGCUCUGUGCCCCUCAGCUGUUCAGUCUGGUCUGUACCUGUGGUCGGAGCAUGAGCCAGCCACUGCUCACAUCUGCUGUGGGCUUCUAUCUAUCGGCUUGCUGUCCUCACUGUAGCACAAACUCACCUGAUCAGACAUCCCUACCAGCUUCUCCACUGUGUUCAGCCAUCUUGUCUGCUGGCUUCCUUUCAGCACAACACCAUUCGCUUCUGACUCAAGAUGAUCUGAUGUCUGAAGUGAACCCUCAUCAACCAUGAUGGCUACACAGACGUUAAGUAUAGACAGCUAUCAAGAUGGACAGCAAAUGCAGAUGGUCACAGAGUUAAAAACAGAGCAAGAUCUCAACUGCUCUGACCCAGAUACAGAAGGAGUGAGCCCUCCUCCCAUGGAGUCUCAGACCCCAAUGGAUGCUGACAAGCAGGCCAUUUAUAGGCACCCACUGUUUCCAUUGUUAGCUUUGUUGUUUGAGAAAUGUGAGCAGUCUACACAAGGCUCAGAGGGCACAACAUCUGCCAGCUUCGACGUAGACAUUGAGAACUUUGUCAGGAAGCAGGAGAAGGAUGGGAAGCCCUUCUUCUGUGAAGAUCCGGAAACUGACAACUUAAUGGUGAAGGCAAUCCAGGUCCUGCGCAUUCAUCUUCUUGAACUGGAAAAGGUUAAUGAACUCUGUAAGGAUUUCUGUAGUCGGUACAUUGCCUGUCUGAAGACAAAGAUGAACAGCGAGACCCUGCUGAGUGGGGAGCCUGGGAGUCCGUACUCCCCCGUGCAGUCCCAGCAGAUUCAAAGCGCCAUCACAGGCACGCUCAGCCCCCAGGGAAUUGUGGUGCCAGCAUCAGCCCUGCAACAGGGAAAUGUAACCAUGGCAACAGUGGCAGGUGGCACAGUGUACCAGCCUGUCACCGUUGUCACUCCACAAGGCCAAGUGGUCACACAGGCGCUAUCUCCUGGGACAAUUAGGAUCCAGAACUCCCAGCUUCAGUUGCAGUUGAACCAAGAUCUCAGCAUCUUGCAUCAAGAGGACGGCUCCUCCAAGAACAAGAGGGGUGUCCUGCCGAAGCAUGCCACCAAUGUGAUGCGGUCCUGGCUCUUUCAGCACAUAGGGCAUCCCUACCCAACGGAGGAUGAGAAAAAGCAGAUUGCUGCUCAGACAAAUUUGACCCUGCUCCAAGUCAACAACUGGUUCAUCAAUGCCCGAAGGCGGAUUCUCCAGCCAAUGUUGGAUUCCAGCUGUUCAGAGACUCCAAAAACAAAGAAAAAACCUGCUCAGAACAGACCAGUGCAGAGGUUUUGGCCAGAUUCUCUUGCGUCAGGAGUGACACAAGCAACGCCUAGCGAGCUUGCCAUGUCAGAAGGUGCCGUUGUGACUAUCACCACGCCUGUAAACAUGAACGUGGACAGCCUUCAGUCCCUGUCCUCAGAUGGGGCCACCUUGGCCGUACAGCAGGUCAUGAUGGCGGGGCAGAGUGAAGACGAGUCAGUGGACAGCACAGAAGAUGACGGAGGCGCACUGGCGCCCACACACAUCAGCGGGCUGGUGCUGGAGAACAGCGACUCCUUGCAGUAGGAGCGGCACCACCAGGGCCAGUGUGGAGCGGGAGCACCUGAGUCUUUACUGUUUGCACAGCAAACAUUUUACACAGUUUUCUUUGUAAUAUGUUUUAUAUGUAGAUAUAGAAGAGUGCACUUUUGUAUUUCACAGCAAGCUUCAAGACGUCUUUGCUGGUGCAGCAACUUCCUUCAGAUGUGCGUGUGUGGGUUUUUAAUGCUAGAAACGUGAUGAGUGGCCUCUGCCCCCUGAGUCCCUGUUGAGAUUAAGGAACAGUGCUGCCAUUUUCUAAAAAAUUAUGCAGUUGCAAUUGAGUUCUGUGGUUUACAGCAGGUCUGGGGGCUGCCGCUGUGUCACCCACAGAUCUGAAAGAUGGUCUGCACUCGGGCUGCAGGCGAGACGACGCUGGCCCUGGUGGGCGUGAGUACCCACGGCACACUUCAGUUCUCUUCGGGCGGCAUUUGCCUGUUUCAUUUGCUAUAUAGAAAAAGAAACUCCUAUUUUUACCUUGCUGGGAUUAUUGGAUAAAAAGCUAUUUUUAUAAAUCAGUUAUUAAUUGGAUUAUGACUAUAUUGAGGAUAAAUUUCUAGAGAAGGAACAACAGCACAUGCUUGUCUUUCGAUUUGGAAUGUCCUGAGAGGCGGUGCCCAUGCGUGGUCUCCUGUUCCCCGGGAAGGAGGAGGUUCCCCUCAGCUGCUCAAAGGAAACAACUGUCAAGUGAACUUUCGCUGUCUCCAGCUUUGUGUUCAGAUGCAAUGCUCAGAUCACGUUCACACCUGAUCUGGGCAUCUUACAGAGUUGUGCUCAGUAGGAUGUACGGUAAGUGAGGCGGCCGCCAUGCGGCACCGUAGUGUGUCGUAGCUCUGCCAUGCCUAGUCCAGCCUCAUUCACAUUGACUGCAGUUACAUGGCUGCCUGGCCGUGUUAACUGGGUGGUGAUUUUAGAAUUUUUUUUUUUUUUUUUUUUAGUUAAAACAUGUUACACACAGAACAUUUACUAUAAACUAAUAUAAAGUGUGUUCUGCCCCCACUGGCUCAGAGCCAGGGUAAAGAGCACACAGCCCAGCUGUCUUCCACAGUGGCAGGCACCUGGAGUUAAAACGAUGGACGGAUGUGCCCGUGGGCCCACUGGUGGCUCACAGGCAUCGGUGGCUCUCUUGCUGUCACAGACUCUUGUUGCAUAUUAUUGCUUCCUUUUCCAGAGUCCACCCCUUUCAGUUACCACUCCCUAUUUAGGACAGUUUGGGGACUUUGUUUCCUGGUGUCGAGGUAGAGCAGACUGUAGGCUGAGGUCUGGGGUCUGGCUUGAUUUGUUUCAGUUUGCUCGGGCAGCUUUUUUCUUGGAGACACAAGCACCUUGCUUCGUGUCGAGCAUCUGUGUUUUCACAGUGGUACCUAGGCUGAGAGAGAACAGCUGUGCAGUUGUCAGGGGCCAUGCCCUGGGCCCUUGGUUAUAGACCAAGGUUACCCUAGGGGGACAUCUUUAGCGAAGUCACAUUUUUUUUUUUUUUUUCUGGAAGAGUUCACCAUCCCCCAAAUGUCUUGAUUGUAUUCAGACAUCGAGCACACCUGGACAGCCAAGUAGUCAGCAAGAAAAGCAGGUGCUCCUUUCAGUCCAUUUAAGGAGUCUCCGCUACAAAAAAACAAAACAACAAAAUAAAACAAACAAAACCAAAAAAAAAAACCAAAAACAAAAACUUUCCAGCAACUCUUUUGAGGAGAGAUUUAUAUUUUAAACAGUCUUUCCAUUACUUAUUCACAAACUACUUUAAUAUUUUAAGUCAGGUGUCCAAAAGCCUGAAAGACCGGCUGGUGAUGAUUGGGUUUAGAGCAGAAUAGAUGGCCCCUGAGCUCCUGCCACCCUCCCCAAAGAAAGCGCAGUGCCUGCUGUCCUGCUUGUGUGCCGGCUGCUGGCUACUCCAGCUGGGCUUUGAACACCAUGAUCCCACAAGUCCUUUCCAGUCAGAAUCAUCUUUCCUAAGCCCUGGACUCUGACUUCCUGAAGUCAGAGGAAUAGCAUGAAAGUCCGUAAGAGAAGCUGGGGCAUGGUGACACACUCCUGUAAUCCCAGCACUCAGGAACCUGAGACAGGAGGCAAGCCUGGGCUACAUAACCUUGACCCUGUCUAAAAAGAAGGUCGUGAAAGAGCUGGCACACGGUCGUAGCUGGAGUUUCCUUCCACCUCCCUGUGCAUACUGAGGUGUUCUUCAGUAAUUCCCGUGAGGCAAGCCAUUCUGGUUCAUAGAAUUACUGCCCAGCAUACUUAUCUGUCAGUUGCACCUUCAAGACACCUGCUUGCUGGGCAUUGUGCCUGUAACAAGCACUUAGGGGGCUGAAGCAGGAUUGCUACCAGGUUGAGCUCGGCCUCGGGUGCAUAGUGAAAUCUUGUCUCAAAAACCCAAGCAGAACUGCUCUCCUUUCCUUGGCCUGUGGAGGAAAUCUGAAAGUACAUUUCCGUUGAGCUUUGUUUAAACGGUCAGAUUCUAGCUUUCGUUACUAUUAAAGUCCUCCCUAACAUUGGAGCCUUUUGAAUGUGUUCUGAGACAUACAAGUCAACCUGUGUCAUUCCUGCUGUUUGGCUGCCUAGCAGAAACAUAGCCUGGCUGACCCACCCCUCCGGUGGGCUCGGUUUUCUGCUUCUUUGAGUCCAGAUUGUCAAAUAGAGGUGUAUAUGCAAUAUGCACUGUGGCCCUUCGGGCUGCGGCCGACGGGCCACUGUGCAGCCUGCUGAGGGGCUGGCGCACCUGUGGGGGCAGCAGAGACUUGCUCCUCCGGCACACAGGCAGGGAAUGCCCAUCCUGAAGGCCUCUCCCGCAGGUAGUGACAGAACUCAGCAGUCUGCCUUUUUCAGUUAAGUUUGGUCUUUGAAACUGACAAUCUUUAAAAAUGUGAAUACUGUAACAAUAUGUUUUCUUGGAUUGUUGUCUUUAAAAGGAUUUUUGUGAAGCGAUUGAUUUAUCAAAGAAAAAAAUUAAAAACAGAAACACGC